ACGCGCAACACACAGCAUGUUCAACAUCCCGCUCACACGGAUCUUAUCAAGGGCUUUUCUCUCGGAGGAAGUUCGCCAGGUCUGAUGUUUCCGCACCAACCCACACCGGGGAGAGAAUGCGGUUUAUCAUUUACACAACUUUCUUGGGAUUUUUCCUCAAAACAGGUCCCGCCUUGCAGAUUCAGUGUUACCAGUGUGAGGAGGUGAAGCACAACGACUGCUCCGCGCCGGAAUUCAUCGUCAACUGCACCGUCAACGUGCAGGACAUGUGCCAGAAGGAGGUGCUGGUGAAGGAAGAUGGUGUGCAUUACCGAAAAUCCUGCGCCUCCUCAGGGGCGUGUCUCAUCGCCUCCUCGGGCUACCAGCAGUUCUGCACGGGCAAGCUGCACUCCGUCUGCAUCAGCUGCUGCAACACGCCGCUCUGCAACGGGCCGCGGCAGAAGAAACGGCCCGUCCCGUCCGCGGCGCGCCCGGCGGCGUCCCCCUCGGCACCCACCUCGGCCCUCUUCCUCCUCUCCCUGCUCACGCUCGGCACAUAGGCGCCCUGCCGCGCCG